AUCAUAGUUGGGGAAAGAUUUACAGUAAAUGUAGGCCUACUCUCUUUGCUGGCAUUUUAUCAGAAGUGAGCAUAAGAAAUGGUUAUGCUCGCGGUUCCGACCCAGAACACAGACAACCACACGAGACUCAAAAUGUAAAAGGUGUUUUAAUGAACAGUAUGAACUUAGAGGGAACAAUGAAGGCAGAGUCCGUGCAGGAUAGCUCCAGGCUGGACCGAAGCUCGAGGCGGGCAGGCAACGGAGAAUCCAGGACAGGACCGAGACUCGAGGCAGGCAGGCAGAGGAGAGUCCACUCUGACUCACGGAGGAAUCCAAGCAUGGAGGACAGAGCGGCAUGGAGCUGGCAGCACAGCAGGGAACAGCAGAGAAGGAAGGAGAUCUAGAGCGGAAUUUAAACAGAGGAACACUAGGAACAACAAUUAAACUAGGAACGAGCAAAGAUCCCUGGGCCAAGUUACCACACAGGUAGUGGCGCCGAUGAGGUGAUCAGCCCGGGUAUGUAGCCUACUGCUGAGGUGAAUCACGGAAUGCGCUGCAGCUAUGCAGGUAGCUGUGCAGGAAUGAACGGGCACACCCCUUGACCUACUUCCUCGAAGCCACGCCUCUUGCCACUUAGGUAGAGGCAAAACAAACACACAGGAACUCGGUUAGAAAGGCUGCCCCAUGACAGAAAUCUACUUAGAAAUAUAGGAAGUAUUGGAUAGAAUAGAGUACAAUGUAAUUCUGCUAAAUAAAACAUCACAUGACCCAUACAUUCACAGAUGCUUUUUUUUUUAACUUUAUUUCAAAAGACAAUUAACAGAAAUUCAAUCAUCGCAGUAUGUGAACAGUAUUCCCACUGAAAAUAAAGAACAGGAUAACAAUAGUUGGAAUGCUGUUGAACAGCAUUCCCACUAAUAAAUAAAGAAAAUGGCCGACAUGAAUAACAAUAGUUGGAAUGCUCUAGAACAGCAUAAACAACCUCGUAUCCCAUAGCAACAAUAGAAUCAAAGAUAGCACGGAAUAGAAUCGAUAACCAUUUGGAUUGAAAACAUAAGAAUACAUGUUGUUGUUGUCAUAACGACCCUUGUAAUGUUGAGAAUCUAUGGAUACUGGAACCCAUUUCUGACACAAAUUCACUCAGACAAGCAGCAGUUUGUAUCAGAGAGAGAUUUGACUGUGACAAUCCAAAAGUGCUCAUUGCUACAGGAGAAAAGACAACUGGUCCAGCAGAAUACAACGUUGGACAACAUGGAAUUCAACCCCAGAGAGAUUGAACCGCAGAUGAAUUUCUAUCUGAGUUCACUUGAAGAACAAGUGCGGUAUGAGCUGAAGGACAGCGAGGCGAGGCUCACCCAGAGUCAAUCUGAGGGAAGAGUUCACCUGAUCGUCAGAGAGGACUUGCUGGCCGAUGUCCUCGAUCAGCUCCAACAGCAGAGAGAGGGCAGCAGUUGGAGGCGUGAGAAAGAGCUGAUGCAGAGGGAGGUGAGUGACUUAAAAGUUCAGCUGGCUGAACGUGUCCCCUCCCCCCCCAGGGAAUCAGAGGUUCUGAAAUCCCAGCUGGGGAAAAUCAGCAACAGACUCAGAAAAGCCCAGAAAGAUCUGGAACUUCAGUACUUCAUUAGUGAAGACCUGAAGGUGGAAUUGGAGAAGACGAAGGGAGAGAAGGAGGCCCUUAACACUAACGUGGAGACCCUGAAGACAGAACUUGGAAAAGAGAGACAGAUGCUUGCGGUUGGUAAGACCACCAAUGUGAUGUUGGAGAGCAAUCUGGAGAGUGAGAGGGCUCGAGCUCAGGAGCUGAAGGACAAUCUGAGCAAGAUGGAGGAAGCUCUCCAAAAACAAGAGGAGGCGACAAAGGAGGUACUGGAAAGAUCCCAGGCUUCCCACAGAGCCCAGCUGGAUGAGGCUCUGCAGAGUGCCUCAUCCCAGCUGGGAAAAAUCUCCAACAGGCUGCGAAAAGCCCUGAAAGACCUCGACCUUCAGUACUUCAUGACUGAAGACCUGAGGGUCGACUUGGAGAAGACGAAGGGAGAGAAGGAGGCACUUCAAAUUAAUGUGGAGACUCUGAGGACGGAACUUUGUCAGGAAAGACAGAUGCUCGCGGUAAGUAGGACCAACGUGGAGUUAGAGUUGGAGAGCUAUCUGGUGAUGGAGAGGGCUCGAGCUCACGAGCUGAAGGAGAAACUGAGCGAGAUGGAGGAAGCUCUCCAAAAGCAGGACGAGGGAAAGACAAUUCUGGAAAGAUCCCAGGCUUCCCUUAGAGCCCAGCUGGAGAUGCAGGAAAAAGACAGCAAGGACCUCAUGGCUGCUCUGAAGGAGGCUGAGCAGCAGCUGGAGAGUCAGCUCCAGGAGUGGAAGGAGGACAAGUCAUCCCUCCUUCAGGCCUCAGAGAGACUGAAGCUGAGUCAACAGGAAAAGGAGCAGGAGUGGGAGAGGACGGAGAGCACCCUGAGGUCCCAGCUGGAAGAUCUGGAGAGCCAGAUCAUGGAAAAGCCAAAGAAGAAGAAGAGGAAGUGGUACAAAAGGCUUCUCCCUGGCAGAGGAUAAGUAAAUGCAUUUUUGCUUGUACAGUGUCUGUCUGUCUGUCUGUCUGUCUGUCUGUCUGUCUGUCUGUGUUUAUGUGUCUGUCUG